CAUUUACCUCAACCUCAUUUUCAGUAAGGAAUAUAGUAGAAGCCAAAUUUACUCUAUAUAAAGCUCUGUUCAUCUUCCUCUCCACACAGCCAUCCUCUCUUUUCUUGUCUUCCUCCCAAAACCAAAGAUUCAAUGGCACCGUGCAUCGACACUUGCAGAACCGGAAAGACACAAGACGAUGAUUCACGGUUCCAUUCCUUCCGACCCUGUUUCUUUGAUCGGAUUUCACGCGGGAAAACUCAAAUCGAUGAUGUGUGGAUCAAGAUGCAGGAAGAAGCAAAAUCCGACGUUGAGCGAGAACCCAUUUUGUCAAGCUACUAUUACUCUUCGAUUACGUCGCAUCCAUCAUUAGAUUCCGCUUUGGCCCACAUCCUCUCCGUAAAGCUCAGCACUUUGACAUUACCAUGCAACACACUCUUCGAAUUGUUCAUCAGCGUUUUAGAAGAAAGCCCAGAGAUCAUCGGAUCGGUGAAGCAAGAUCUAUUAGCAGUAAAAGAAAGAGACCCAGCUUGCUUAAGCUACAUCCAUUGUUUCCUUAGCUUCAAAGGUUUCCUCGCUUGUCAAGCUCAUCGGAUCGCCCACAAGCUCUGGACGCAAGACAGAAAAAUGGUAGCUUUAUUGAUCCAAAACAGAGUAUCAGAAGCUUUUGCCGUCGAUUUUCAUCCGGGAGCGAAGAUCGGUAAAGGGAUUUUGUUAGACCACGCGACGGGGGUGGUGAUCGGAGAAACGGCGGUGGUUGGAGACGACGUUUCGAUUCUCCACGGCGUGACGCUCGGAGGAACAGGGAAACAGAGCGGCGACCGGCAUCCGAAGAUUGGCGAUGGAGUUUUGAUCGGAGCCGGGACUUGUAUAUUGGGGAAUAUUACAAUCGGUCAUGGAGCUAAGAUUGGAUCGGGUUCGGUGGUGCUCAAGGAUGUGCCGCCGCGUACGACGGCGGUUGGAAACCCGGCGAGAUUGAUUGGUGGGAAAGAGAAUCCCAAAAUGCUUUAUAAGAUUCCCGGUUUGACCAUGGACCAGACAUCGUAUUUGACCGAUUGGUCUGAUUAUGUAAUCUAAAAUAAAAAAUACUUGUAAUUUGUCAUUAAACCAACAUUCGUUAGUGUACCGAACCAAUUAAACA